CGAUUACCACCAUGCAGUUCUACUCUCUUCUUCCUCUUGCACUUUAUCUAGGUAUUUCGUCCCUAUCUUAUGCUAGGGCAGAGUCAGAAUCGUGUAAUAAACUUUCGCAUUAUGGAAAGACAAGGCAAGAUUUGAGCUUUGAGACCUCGACACAUGGCCGCAAUAUGAUUGUAUUUCUGAGCCCUACCUAUGCUGUAAAGCAGGACGGCUUUCUUCUGGGUUGGACAUUCUAUAGCCAGCAGUCAGGAGGGAGUUUCUUUCUUGACGUUCUCGAGGAGGAGACCCCGACGAACCAGUUUCACGUGGUCUUGAAGACCUCGGUCACUGUCGCAAAAACCGGGAAUCACACUAUAAUCAUGAAGGAUGGGCUCAGGGUUAAAAAGGGUCAAGUGCUUGGAGUUCAUUCGAAAACAGGGGCGGAAGUUGGAAUAGCAUUUAGUUCGUAUGAUGAAGCGGCGAAGGGCGAAAUUAUCCUGGCUAAGGACGUCUCUGACGAAGUACUUAAGGAGAUGGGAAACAGGGUGGACAGACGUUUGCAUCGAAAAGGAAGAUGGGAAGCUUUGAUGGCACAUGUGUUGACAUUGAGGGCAGUCAGAACAUGUAAUGCGGUCUUCGAAAUUUCAAGCAGGACCACCUUCAGUGCAGUUUUGUACGAAACACACUCGGGGCAGACCGGUGUAAGCUGUGCGAUACGCUGCGUGCAACACCACUUGUGUCUGAGUUUCGUCUAUGCUUCUGACGGAUGGUGCAAACUUUACUCAAUGAUAUCAGACGAUGCUCACACUAUAAUAUCAGAUGAUCAGGAGUCGUUGAAAGCGGUGAAUGCAUCACCUGGAGAGAUAGUAGCCAUUGCUUCAUUCCCGUGAUCUUCGAUCGUCGGGCAAUUACAUGUAUCUGUAUGCCAAUAAUUCUCUCAGUUCCUUGAGAAGUCAAGGUCCUACUUGAAGCUAUUUUGCAUGAAA